AUGGGUUGGAGUGAUUAUCUUGCAGCUGCUGGUUGCCUUGGAACAGCUAUUACAUAUGAACUCUAUCGGUCUAAAAUUACGGAAUAUGAGAACGUAUUAACUGAGCUAUAUGGGAAGAUCAAUGAUUUGGAACUUCAACUUGAACAAGAAUGCCUACAAGCGAAUAGCACAUUCAGUACGGAACAGGAAUACAUUAGAACUGGUUAUACUUCCAAAGACUUUAAUUCAGAAGCUGAGAAAAUAGAUGAGGAGAGAAAAUCGCUUGCUAAACUUGAAGAUGUUAACCAAGUAUUGAAAAGUAACGUCUCCCAAAUGAGACAUGAGAAAAUCCAAUUGGAAAAGAAAUUGAAGCAGUUUCAGGAUAAAAUUGAUAGUUUAGAAACUGAUUUACUGAAAGCUAGUUUAGACAAGGUGUCAUUAAAAGAACUGUACCACUUCAAAUUGAAUAAUGAAAUUGAGAAGCUAAUCACUUCACGGGAUUUAGAAAUUGCAAAUUUGCACGAUACAGUGAAAAGCUUAAACAAGGAGAAGGAGAAACUCAGUGAAGUUAAUUCCAAGUUAUCUGAAGAUAAUAAAAAACAUGCCUUUGAAAUUGAUCAAAAUGUGAAAGAGAUUAGCCUUUUGAGCAAGCAAAAAGCUAGUAACGAAGAUAAUAUUGGGAGCUUGAAUACAAAAUUAAACAAAUUGGAAUUAUUGAAUGAGAGAAAUGAGAUAGAAUUAGGUAAAAAGGAGAAGAAGUUGAACGAGUAUGGAAAGGAGGUUUCUGAAUUGAACGACAAAUUAAAUUCUAAUAAAGAAGAACUUUCAAGGUUGUUAUGUGAAGUUGAAAAUUCUCAAAAAAGUAUAACCGGCAAGGAAGAGUUGCUCGCUAUAGGAAAGCAAGAGAUUGCACUAUUGAAGAGAGAAAUAGAAUAUCAGUGCAAGCUUUUGGAAUCUAAGAGUGUAUCCCUAAACAAAACUAUUGAAAAACAGGAUAGUUUUAUGAUUGAAUAUAAGGAACUUGGAUACGAAAUUGAUCAGCUAUUUGAAGAAGUCUUCGAAAUCGAAAAGAACUCCAACGAAGGAAACCGGAAUUCGGAUGAGGACUCUAGAUCUGAAGAGUUUGAAAUCGUAAAGUAUAAUGAAAGCAAGCGGUCUUCAGAAGACUUCGAGGAAGUAGAUAUCGAAGAUGCUAAGAAGACUUCAAGUGAGUCUUCUGAAGAUCAUGAACAAAAGAAAGAGGAUAGCCAAAUAGAAGAGAAAAGCUUAAGCAAAAACAUGGAAAGUUCCGAAGGGUCCGAAGUUGAGCCAGAUAAGGACAUUGAACUCAAAGGUUUUGAGCCGACAAUUAAUGAAUCGUUCAAAAAUAGUCUCCGAAAAAUUCAAAGAGUAAGAGAGUAUAUUAAAAGUUUCAAAUCCGCUAAAAAUGACAGCGUGUCUAAGCACCAGGACAAAAUCCGUCUUCUUCAAAGGAUAAAUUCGAUACUUGGUGAACGCAAAGAGUUGAAAAUUGCAUUAUCUUCUGAUACAACACAGAAAUUAGAGGAUGAAAGCAGCAACGAAUCCCUGGGGGAUCAAAAUUUUGAACUACAAUUAGAAAAUAAUCUAAAAUCGAUCAUGCUGCAAAUAUCCGAGAAAGAAAAGCAGAUUAAAACCCUAGAGUCGAAAUUGGAGGUCAGAGUUAAAGAGUUUGAUACUUUUAAGCAGGAGAAGAAACAAUUAGAACUGGCUCAUAAUAAUGACAGAAAAACCCUUACUGCGCGGGAAAGCGAAAUCGAUCGUUUGAACCAGGAAUUAGCCAAAUUACCCACUGCGACAAAGGAAAUUAGCAAUUUAAAUGCCGAAUUAUCCGCAAGAAGUGAACAAAUUCACACCCUUGAAAGGGACAUACAAAGACUAGUGCAUGAUCUACAGUCUAGCAAUGCGAAGGUCGAGAAUCUGCCAGCAGCACAUAACCCCACCAAUUCCAAUAUAUCUGAACCACUCACCGGCGAUGACGACAUAAAACUGUCAGGAGCCGAAUUGCAGAUCUCACCUGACCUCUCCAAACAGUCCCAGCCCCUAGAUGAAGAAAAGCUACAUACUCAAAAAGUGACACCUUUGCAUUCUGAGCCAAAAAUCCCUUCUGAGUCUUCUGAGUCUGCCCGGAACGAGUUAGGUGGAAUACCUGAAACAGAAGUCAGUACUUCUACAUUGAGGCUGCAGUCUGCUAAGCGAAGCACAAAAGAGAGCAACACCAGCGAAGAAGUUGUGCACUCGGAUAAUUUUACACCUCUUUCGGAAGAAAAAAAAGCUUAUCAACACAAAAUUGACGAACUUACCCGUCAGUUACAAGAAGCCAACUCGAAGAUUGCCAAGCAGCAUAAAGUAAUUUCCAAGAAUCUUGAAUUACUAAAAGAAUCAAGGUCCCGUUCAUCUUCACCAAUGACGUCUCCUACCAAAUCUUAG